AUGUACCUGAUCUUCAUCCCUAGCCACCCUGGAGGCUGCACUAUCAUGAUGACCUUUGCUCACAGUACUCCUGGAAAGAACGUGGGCACACGUCAUUAUGUAAGCAUCACGCUGUCUGGGAAAGUUCCAGUGGCAUCCAGUACAAUGGGACGGCGCUGCAUUAUGAGGAUUUGUCUUUCCCUCAUGCUUAUGUUGAUAUUUGCAUCUGGAUACAUGUACUUCUUUGAAAAGCAGAAAUGGCAGGUGGAGAGACUGAUGUUGCUUCAGGGACAGUUAGGUGACAAGGAAACCUCACGCCCUGUCAACAAUCUGACUUAUCCAGUCUUCCGCCACCCUCUGGCCCCCCCUUAUCCAUACCCAUACAAAUUCCUCAUCAACCAGGAAGAUAAAUGCAAAGGCAGGAACCCCUUUCUAGUCUUACUGGUGAUCGGUGCAACUAGGGAUUUGGAGACAAGGCACGCCAUUCGAGAAACCUGGGGCAAUGACAGUAAUUAUGAUGUUGAUGUGGUGACGAUUUUUUUGCUUGGUCUUUCAAACAUUGCUACAGACAGAUUCCAGCAGAUGCUGGAGGAGGAAAGUGAAGCCUUUGGGGAUAUCGUCCAACAAGACUUCAUGGACACUUACUAUAACCUUACUUUAAAAUCCUUGAUGGGCAUGGAAUGGGUUGCGAAAUUCUGCCCCACCGCCAGCUACGUGGUGAAAAUUGAUAAUGACAUGUUCCUCAAUGUAGACUACCUGGUUCACCAGCUUCUUCGACCAGAGCUUCCAGUCCGUACCAACUAUUUCACUGGGUAUAUAGUGAUAAAUACAGGACCACUGAGGGGUGAAAAAUACAAAUGGUAUGUCCCUAAGGAAAUCUACCCCAAUGAUACCUACCCACCCUACGCCUCUGGACCUGGCUAUGUAUUUUCUGCUGACAUGGCAAAAAAAAUCUAUGAUAUCUCACAGCAGAUUAGAGUUAUCCCCAUGGAAGACUCCUUUAUGGGAAUUUGUCUUUUUGAGCUCAAAAUCCGCCCCACCGUGCCCCCGGGAAAUAUAUUUAAUGGCCACCGGAUAGAUUAUGAUCGUUGUCGAUUUAACAAGCUUGUUACAGUUCACCAUUAUGGGAGUGCUGAGCUGAGGACGGUAUGGACUGAUUUUUGGACUAAGAAAUCUUCAGGGUGUUGA